AGCAAUCAAUUGUUGAUGAAUUCCAAGUCCAAAGCGCUCUUGAUAAGCACGUGUGCCCCCAUAGCGUUAUUGUCGUACUACUAUUGGUUAGCGAAGCAGAAACGUGAGGUUUCUACCGACGUGAACGUAAGCGAUAUCCUGAAGGUGAUCGCGAAAGAGAGUGUUAGUUGGACGAAAAUAAGCCAGACUCGAGUGCGUCACAGGAGUACGAAAUCUGCAAUGGAGGAGAACAACAUUCAACAGAGUCAAGACGAUCUUGAACAGAUUCCAGCGUUUCACAGCCUGGAAGCCGGUUGCGAUCAGAAUGGAGCCACGUUCUCGGACAGUUCCAGUGAAGUGUCAUCUGAUUCCGGAAAAGGAGGAAGCGAGAUCGCUAAUCUCAACAGCUUGGACAAUGCUGCGGUGCAGCCGUACACGUUGUAUGAGUUUGAAUUGUCUCAACCCUUGGUUGGGUUGUUGAUCGGCAAGCACGGAUGCAACGUGCACGAGAUCCGAGAUAAGUGCGGAGCAAGUGUGAUUGUGAGAAAGCAUCCGUGCAACCACCGCAUGAAGCUCAUAACAGUUGAAGGUUCACAACAGCAGAUUGACGAAGCUUUGGUGAUGAUUCGCAAGCGUUUUCCCCCGAAGCGCUUUCCCGAAGUGAAGCUGGAGCGUGUCGAUUAUCUUUCCAGCCACUUGAUCAACUUGGGUUUGCAACCUGCACCCAUAAUUGUUCCCAGCACGUAUCAGCUCCAUUUGCCGGCGAGUGUGAUGUUCGAUGCGUACGUGUCAGCAGUCGUGAGCGGCGGACAGUUCUUCCUUCAACAGCCGACUCAUCCCACUUAUUCAUCGUUGAAGACUUUGGAUCAACUAAUGACUGUUUGCUACUCUGACCUCACUUGUCCUGGUCUUCCGCGUCCACUUGACACUGGGAUGGUGUGCGUGGCCCCAGCACAGGGAGGUUGGUUCCGCUCCCAAGUUAUGUCGCACGAAAAUGACUCUGAAAAUGUGACCAUCAAGUUCCUCGAUUAUGGCGGUUACGCCGAACUUCCUGUGGAAAGCCUGCGCCAAAUCCGAAUGGACUUCGUUUGCUAUCCCUUCCAAGCUGCCGAAUGCUAUCUUGCCAAUAUUAUCCCUGUCGACCCCAAUGGGAGUGAGGAGUGGUCUACUGAGUCAGCAAUCGCUUUAGAAGAACUUUGCUCGGGAAAUGUGCUUCAGGCUGAGGCGUUGGGGUGUACUGUUGAAGGUGUUUCUGUGGUGAACAUCUACCGUGUUAAUGAAGAUAUGACUUUGUUGAAUAUCAACGAAGAGAUGGUGCGAAGAGGUUAUGCCAAGUGGAUAGAGACUCCCGAAGGAACUGGACCUCUUCUAGAGGAAGACGCGAGAAAAAACAAGUCUGAAAUCGCAUUGAAACCCAAGCAAGAGGAAAACAUAGUUGGAGGAAAGAAGAAAAGCAAGAAGGGAAAGAGUCGCAAGAAGGAAAGGUUCGACAGCAUCGAAGACGCAGCUAGGAAACUCAAGGACAUGUCGCUGUAAUGGAAGCAUAUUGUAGCGUUGAUUCUUAUCGUCGGUAUAAGAUAUUUCUUUCGAAGGCAUUUUUUCCGGAAGGAUGCUGUGGGACGCGUUCUGUCGCCCUUGACAGAGGGGGUUCUUUUUUUUAUCUUCCGAGAAAGAUAUUCGAUCUGGUCUAUCCUAGAAGACUUGACUUAUAACAUCUUCGGGUUUAAUACUGGAGUGGUUUUUUUGUGGCUAUGGUAGGUUACGUUUGUUUAGGAAGCAAUAUUAAAUUCUCGUGUACGUGGUUAAACAGUGUCAGAGCCACUGGGAAAGUCCCGUUUGUACAUGGGCGUGAUAAAUAUUCUUGGUGAGCGACUGCACCCGGUGGGACGUGAAUGACUUGUUACGCCGGGGGGAAAAAAAUUCAAGUUAAGCCCGCGCCUCAGGGCGUCAGCUCGGUUGUUCUCUCCUUUCUCCCCAGAAAUUGUAUGCCAAGACUGUAGAAAACUGAUCCGGAGUUCUGUUUUGAUUUGAUCCGUGCGAUCGAAAAACUUGUUGCGCAGGGAUUUUUUUUCUCUGAUUAUACAGUGUUUCUGAGUGUACGCAUGGGUUUUUCGCGAGGUUGUUGAGUUGGGCAAGUGGUGGAUUAUUGUGAGAGCAUCUAGUGAACUUUGUUUUUUGGUCCAUGGGUAAGGCCCCCAAUUUUUCUCCCAAGGGUAAAAGCCGGAAACUUGUUUCCUAGUUACCGUUUUCUGCAAAGCUUCUGUGAUUCAUCAUUGCAGGGAGAAUGCAAAAAAAUUUCAGGCACAUUUUCCACGAAGGAGAGACGACGCUGUGUUUCUUGUCGUUGAACGGAAAAUUUAAUUUUUCUCGUCUCGCAAUAGAUUUUUAGCCUUGUUGCCAUAAUCUGUCUUUCUCUGAGAGAGAUGUACUUAAAAAAAAAUCUGAUGGAGUUGUUAGCGACUGUAGCGUGGAUUUCGACUGUGAGGCGCCCUAGGGAAUGAUUAUAUUUCUGUAAGAAAGAAGAAAUUGUGCUUGGAAAUCCGCUGGAGUAGGUGGUGACAGUUAGAAUGUCAUUCGACUGGGAGGCGUCCGAAAGGAAUGGUUAUAUACUGUGCAUAAUUUUUCAAAGACUCAGUAUUUUCUGAAAUUGUGUUACGUUUUUUCGAGUUAGUUGGUUGGAUGGGAAACCGCAGAAAAAUCGGGACCUUAGCCAUGGGAUUUUUGACUGUGUACUUGGAGUAUCGCGGCCUUCUUGAUUUCUGUUUGUUGAGGCAUAUUGCCUUGUUUUUCUUCCAUAGGGAGUGAAUGACGUGUGCUGCUUUCAGAGUGGGUCCUAUUCGUUGAUUAGAAUGGGGUUGUUUUUGUUUUUUUCAGGACUGAUGUAUGUCAGUCAAGUGUGGACUGAGAUGAGAGCUAAAUUGAGUUCGCCAUAAUUUGGGAGUUUAUGGUCUGUGUUGGACAGAUGGUGUAAAUGAAUUCAAACCGUAAGAAAUUAAUCAAGAAACGAUUCUCCCUUCGAUCAAGUGCAAUUUUCCUUCAAGAAGUUUGGAUAUCCUUGUUAUGUUUCUAGUUAUGCUGCUGGUCCCCUGCAGACUUUUGUGUUCUUGGCUCAGAUUCCUACGGAAAAUGUUCUGGAUUGCGUUGGGAUUGUGCGCACUGAAUUUGUCCGAUUUCGUCAUUUUUUCAGUUUAAUAAAGAAUCCGUUUGUAUGUACCAUACCCUCUGAAAA